CAGACUUACUUGUACUAUGAGAGAGAGAGAGAAAAAAAACUUUUUAAAUAUAGGUUCAUGUUUAUCUGAUUCAUUUUCUAGUCCAGUGUCCACAAACUUUGUGACUUAUAUAAAUCUGUAUGUUGUUAUGCAUUCAAAAAGAAUAUCGUUUAUAAAUGUGAACUUUGAGUUGAAUUAUUUUGUUGCCCUGCAUCUAUCUAUAUUAAUGGAUCAUUAUAUGUUAAUGCCCCCCAAAUGAGGGCCUUGCAUCCCUUCCCCUCCUCUCUCCUCCUACUGAACGUGAUCGAUUUCGAAAGUGAAAGCGAAAAAAAAAAAAAAACUGCGCAAAAAAAGCUAUCGUGUCAGCGAUUGCAGAUUACACGCUUCCCACCCGAACCACACUCCACAUAACCCUCCCCCCAUUAAAAUAAAGCCAUAGCCUUGAAUGCAUGUGACUUGUUGGCAUUAUAUGCUGAGUUAUCAACAACACAGCACAGAAAGUGAAAGAACAACUGAUGCCCAGUUCCUCCCGACUUAUAAAACAGAGGAAAUGAGACCAAACUCCAAAAUCUGACUCACUUCAUUUUUUAAAAGGAGACCUCUCCAACUUUAAACAUUUCCUGAGCAUCUGAUGCCAGAUUAUGAGCAUUUCCUGAGACAUUAAACAAAGAAGAUAUCAAAAUAUCAUCACAUUUACCUGUUGUGUGCUGUAAGAUGUCUUUAACAAAAAAACUGUUUGAACCAUUUAAAAGCGAGCUGGGGAAAAAGGCUCUUUCCACCUCUCUUCCAUUGAGCAUUUUGUUGAUUCCAUUGGAAGCUUUGAUUGAUAAAGAUUUUUCAUGCCCGUGCAAAGUUGAGCUGAAUGCAACCGUAUCAAACCUCAUCUUUGCUGCACCUUUUUUUUUUGUUUUAGCUUUAACGUGUCUUGCUUUACGGCCAGUUAAACACGCUGAUCGAUGUUCUUUUAAAAACAUUUUCAAAUUAUGGUUCAAAAGAUGGUUCUGUACAUUUCCAAAUGUCAAAGAAUUGUCCUCUAAUUGUCCAAAUUCCAAAGAAUGCUCCUGUAAAUGUCCAAAUUUCAAAGAAUCGUCCUCUAACUGUCCAAAUGUCAAAGAAUGGUACUCUAAUUGUCCAAAUUUUAAACAAUGUUUCCAAAAAUGUGUAAAAUGGAGAGAUUUCUUUCUUUGCCUGAUUCCACCUUUUGUAUGGAUCAUUCUUGUGCUCCUUGAUGGUGAUUAUGUUGCCUGUCAGGACACAUACUGGAAUGGAGUGUAUAUUUCAGAUGAUCAGCUACAUGUGAAAUGGUGUAAACCGACUAAAUCAGUUCCAAGAAGAAAUGAGACCGAACUACAGGCUCUGACUCUCAGCUUUAUUGCCACUUCACAGAAUUGGGGAUAUGGUCUGCUCCUUGUCUUCAGCAUUGGUAUUAUAGUCAUUGUAGCUUGUGAUGUCUGCCGGAGUGAAGAAAAGCCACAAAAUGAGGACAUGCUGUCACUCUAUAUGUAGAUGAUAUGAUGUGUGAAUAUGUAAUGUGUAAGAUAUCAAUCAUGUUGUAAAGACAAAUUGUUCUAUAGAGAUCAAUAAAGUGUCUAGACUGAUUUAAUUCAGUGAUUGAUCUUCACUUCACUGUUUAAAAUCACACUAAUCAACUCGUUUCUACAAGUCCAGUCAUCUUGAAACUGAUGGCGGACAUUAAACAAGUAGCCUCGUGUAGGCUAUAGGGAAGUGUUGAUGUUUUAUUUUUUUAUAUUAAGUAACAUUUCCACGAUGUUUUCAAUCAGCAUUUCGGUAACCACAAAAGUUAAAAUGUGGUUAAUCAAAGCACAUAUUUUUACAUUGACACAAACAAACACUCACCAGGAAGUAACCAGCAGCAGUUUGCUCCUGAAACAAAUCUGUUAGUAUGA